UGAAAAAGCAAUUCCUUUAUCAAAUAUAAUAUCAGUAGCUACAGAUGGAGCACCUGCCCUGGUUGGACGUUAUCGUGGACUUAUAAGCUAUUUAAAACAAAAUGUGUCAGGGGUGUUAGCAAUACAUUGCGUCAUCCAUCGACAACAUUUUAAAAGAAAAUUUAAUGAAGAGGAAAACAGACAUCGCCUAUUUAACAGAUUUGUUUACAAGAUUUAAUAUGGUUAAUUUGCAAUUACAAGGCGACAAUUUAAAUUUGAUUAAAACAAAGGCCAUCUUAUUAUCUUAUUAGCGUUUCUUGCCAGAGCUAAACUAAUGAAGCAAAAUAUUGGACGGGGCGAAUUUUCUCAGUUCGCCAAUUUGUCACAGACAAGCUGCCAGGAAGACGACGUUUCAACUUACGUUCAACAUUUAAAUGCCCUCUAUUCAGAUUUUGAAUCCAGGUUUGAGGAUAUUUUGACUAUGGUAAUACCACCGUGGAUAAUUAAUCCAUAUGGUGACAUAGAAGAAACGAAUGUCAUAAUACAAGAGGAACUGACUGAACUAAGUACAAACGAAGAACUUAAGGUUCAGUUUAAAAACGGAUAUCAGCAAUUCUGGCUGCAAAACAACAUACCCGUUACUUAUCUCAACAAUUGGCCUGAUGCUCAAUUUUUGAACUCAAAAUACGGGGAAAGAUUUAUAACCAUAGUAAUACCAUCCUAG